CGGCUCCCCCCACCCCCGGCCCUCCGCCCGUGGAUGGGGGGGCCGGAGUCGCCCCCUCCGCCGCUCGGAGCCGUCGGUGCAGCGGGAAUCCCCCCCCACGGGACCCCGUGGUGUCCCCACCGCCGCCCCGGUGCCAUGGCUCUUGUCGUCGCCGUGCUGCUGGCCCUCGUCACCGCUGCCACCGGCACGCCGGGGGCGUCGUGGAGUGCUGUGCCCAGGAGGACUGUGCCCUACGAGGAGCUGCAGGACACUGCCAAGCGUUUCUCCCAGGGCGGGGUCUCUCACUACCUGACGCUGACGCUGGACGAGGCCGAGGCGCUGCUCUACGUGGGUGCCCGCGAGGCCGUGUUCGCCCUGGCCACGGGCACCGUGGAGCUCAAGGCGGCGAUCUCCUGGGAGGCGCCCGUGGAGAAGAAGGCGGAGUGCGUGCAGAAGGGCAAGAACAACCAGACCGACUGCUUCAACUACGUGCGCUUCCUGCAGAGCUACAACAGCUCCCACCUGUACGCCUGCGGCACCUACGCCUUCCAGCCCAAGUGCACCUACAUCGAGCUCUCCGGCUUCACCCUGGACCCGGUGGCAUUCGAGGACGGCAAAGGCAAAUGUCCCUACGACCCCACCAAGGGCCACACCGGCCUCAUCGUGGAUGGGGAGCUCUACUCUGCCACCUUCAACAACUUCCUGGGCACGGAGCCCGUCAUCCUGCGCAACCUGGGCCCGCACUACUCCAUGAAGACCGAGUACCUGACCUCGUGGCUCAACGAGCCUCACUUUGUGGCAUCGGCCUUCGUGCCCGAGAGCGCGGGCAGCGGCAGCGGCGACGACGACAAGGUUUACUUCUUCUUCAGCGAGCGCGCCGUCGAGUACGACUGCUACGCCGAGCAGGUGGUGGCACGGGUGGCACGGGUCUGCAAGGGGGACGUGGGCGGCGCGCGGACGCUGCAGAAGAAGUGGACGUCGUUCCUGAAGGCGCGCCUGGUGUGCUCGGCACCCGAGCAGCAGCUGCACUUCAACCGCCUGCAGGCCGUAUUCACCCUGCCCGGUGCCCGCUGGCAGGACACCGCCUUCUUCGGCGUCUUCCAGGCCCGCUGGGGGGACGUGGACGUCUCUGCCAUCUGCCGCUACCCCAUCCUGGAGGUGAAGAAGGCCUUCGAGGGGCCCUACAAGGAGUACCGGGAGCAGGCGCAGAAAUGGGGGCGCUACUCGGGCGAGGUGCCCACGCCCCGGCCCGGCGCGUGCAUCACGGACUGGCACCGGCAGAACGGCUUUGCCAGCUCACUGGAGCUGCCCGACAACACGCUCAACUUCGCCAAGAAGCACCCGCUGAUGGAUGAGCCGGUGCCACCCCAGCGCGGGCGCCCGCUGCUGCUCAAGAGGGAUGCCAACUUCACCCAGCUCGUGGUGGACCGCGUGGCAGGGCUGGACGGGGCCACCUACGAGGUGCUCUUCAUUGGCACAGGUGACGGCUGGGUGCACAAGGCGCUGGAUUUGGGCACCCGCAUCCACCUGGUGGAGGAGCUGCAGGUGUUCGCGCCGGCGCAGCCCGUCGAGAGCCUGGUACUGGCGGGCACCAAGAAGCUGCUGUUCGCCGGGUCCCGCUUGCAGGUGGCACAGCUGCCCCUGGCAGAGUGCGGGCGCUACCAGACCUGCACCGACUGCGUGCUGGCACGGGACCCCUACUGCGCCUGGAGCCGCAACGGCAGCGCCUGCGUCCGCACCGACGGGCACAACGGGUCCCACCUGGUGCAGGACGUGCUGAGCUCCGACACCGGCGCCUGCUCCGUGCCUCAGGUGGCCAAGCAAGGGCCGCUGACCCCCAAGAACGUGACGGUGGUGGCGGGCACCGACCUGGUGCUGACGUGCCGCCUGGCCUCCAACCUGGCGCGCGCCCUCUGGACCUUCGAGGGCCGGGCGCUGGCGGCCCAGCAGGCGCUGGUGCUGGGCGAGGCGCGGCUGCGGGCGCUGGUGGUGCCCGGCGCGGGCGCCCAGCACAGCGGCACCUACCGCUGCCUGGCCGAGGAGCAGGGCGCCCGCCUGCCCGCCCAGGAGUACCGCGUGGCCGUGCUGGCCGGCCCGGGGGCGCCGCUGGAGACGCGGGCGCCGCCGGCCGGCCCGGGCGCCGCGUGGGUGCUGGCCGUGUGCCUGGGCGCCCUGUGCCUGCUGCUGCUGCUGGCCGUGCUGUCGCUGUGGCGCCGGCUGCGCCACGAGCUGGGCAAGGGCGCCAAGGCCAUCGAGAGCACCCUGGUGUACCCCAUCGAGCUGCCCAAGGAGCCGCCCAGCCCGCGCUUCGUGCCCAGCGCCGCCUCCGACUCGGACGAGAAGCUCUGGGACCCGUCCAGUUAUUACUACUCGGACGGCUCGCUCAAAAUCGUGCCCGGCCACGCCGGCACGGCGGGCGCCGCCUGCCGCCGCAACGGCGGCCCCGGCGCCGCCUCGCCGCCCGCCGGCAUCCCCGGGCAGCCGCUGCACUCGCCCACCCGCAUCCACCUGGGCCCCCUGCGCGGCUCGGCCUCCAACGGCUACAUCCGCCUGGCGCUGGGCGCCGAGGAGCGCCCGGCCUGCGCCGACCUGGCCGAGGAGCUGCGGCGCAAGCUGCAGCAGCGCCAGCCCCUGCCCGACUCCAACCCCGAGGAGUCGUCGGUGUGA